GGGGAAGCUAUCUUUGUAAUGGGUAAGAUAAUUAAUGUCUUUGUUUAAACAUUCUCCCAGUUUGUCCCUAGUGUUGUAACACUCUCAAACUUCAUCUCCCUUGUUAGAAAAACCAAAUCAAACCCAGCAUUUUGUUUCUUCUUUGGGGAAAAAAUAAAAUGGACCAAAUUUAGAUUGGCUGAAAGUUUAAGUUGAGUCAACUCAAGUCUCUGAAAUUUCUCUUGCUUUCAGUAGGGAUGGAUAUGCUCCAGUGUUACUAUGCAACUGACUCAUUCUGUCAUGGACUAAUCAUUUUUAUAUCCAUGUCCUUUUAAGGUAUCUACAUGAAUGAUAAUAUAAACACUGUUUUCCCCCAAAAGAAACCAGGAUGGGGAGAAUAUUUAUUGAACUAUGUCUGGCCUUAGAAACUUCAAGUAAUGUCAGUGUAUUGUACAUUGGUUACACUGCAAAUAUAAUUUUGCAACUUAACUUUUUUUUAUAACAUAUGCAGGACCUAGAAAUGUCAGAUCUGCUGCUCCUCUUUAAAAGCUGAGCAUCCACAAACUUGGAUUUUGCAUCUUUAUGACCUGUAGUUUGCCAGUGAUGUUCUUGAUACAUUGGCCAGGCAGUGUGUGAAUCCACUAUCCAGGUUUUACUCUGAACUUGAAGCUGCACGGGCUGAAGCUCUUAAAGCAAUACAGUAAAUAGGAGCAAGGAGAGGAUUUGCUUCUUGAUUUAUUAUUUAAUAGAAAAUACCUUCAAAAGUAUAACCAGAAACCUUGGACCAAUUUUUCAUAGGGAUUAAAAAUGCCUCCACACCCCCUUUCAAAGCCACGGUUGCAUUUAAGCAAAUUCAGGCAGCCAUAAAAUAUUGAAGAACUAAUGAAAUUCCAGGAAAUGAUGAGAAUCCCAGUACUUCUGUGAUAUUGCUUUAAGCUAUGGAUGUGUGAAACCCCCUCUUGCCGUACUUUCACUGAGCAUGGAUCAACAUCCUCUUUAAAAAGUAUUUGAAGACUGUUAUCAGGUCUCCCGUCGGUCAUCUUAUUGCAAGACUAAACAUGCAGAUAUUUUACCUUUGCUAAUGUGUCAGGUUUUCUAAACCUUUUUCAUUGUUGUUGCUUACUGGGAAAGAAUUGCAAUAAAGAAGCCAAGAAAAGAUAAGUAUGGAUUAGGAUUUCAAGUAGGGUCGACUUCAAACAAUUUUGUGUGGACAGUAGGGAUGUUAAAAAGCAGAUAAUUUGGUGACCAUGUAACCGCUGAAAUUUUCAACAGUUAUACUGUUACAUUCACCCAUAGUGCGGGGUGGCAGGCAGCAACCUGGGGGAUGGUGUGCUCUGGGAGCCAGCUCCCCAGGAGCAGAGUGGGAGUGUGCAUGUAACCGUUCAUGGUAACCAAUAAGACCAGGUUUAUUGGUUAACCGUGUAAACGGUUACUUCUUACAUCCCUAGUGGACAGGUGAUGAUAAACAGGCUUACAUUUUUGGAAAAGGAAAGUCAGGUUGCUGACCUUAACAGUAGAGUUUCCCAAUGUUAGACAGAAUUGCAUAGUUUUGUGUUGACAUCCUGGCUUCCUUCCUUACUUGAAAUUUUCAUUUUGAUCAGAUUAUUCUUUGUUCUAAAGCUAUGCGCAGUGUUAAUAUUUGUAUUUUGCUAAACAGAGGGGCUACUAUAAUUGUCUAUAAAUCACCCAUGAGGUUUUUUUGUUUUUUUUGGUUUUUUUAGAUUUCUGAUUGCCAUGGCUGCCGUUGACAGUUUCAACCUCUUGUACAGGGAGAUUGGUCGUUCCUGCAAUUGUUACAUGGAAGCGCUGGCUUUAGUUGGAGCAUGGUAUAUGGCCAGAAAAUGCUUCACCCUUGUGUGUAAUUCUUACAGUUUGAUCAGGUUGCAUUUCAUCCCCAAGCUGGUCAGCAGGGCUGAUUUUGUAAAGCGGUAUGGAAGAUGGGCUAUCGUCACUGGUAGCACAGCUGGCAUUGGACAAGCCUAUGCUGAAGAACUGGCAAGCCAUGGUCUCAACAUUAUUUUAAUCAGUCGGAGCAAAGAAAAACUGGAGACUGUAACUAAAGAAAUAGCUGAAACAUAUAACGUUGAAACUGCUAUUAUAGUAGCAGAUUUCAGCAAAGGUCGUGAGGUUUACUCUUCCAUUAAGGAAGCCCUCAGAGACAAAGACAUUGGGAUCUUGGUGAACAGUGUGGGAGUGUUUUGUGCCUACCCAGAAUAUUUUACCAGGUUAUCUGAGGAUAAACUAUGGGAAAUUGUCAAUGUAAAUAUUGCUGCUGCUAACAUGAUGGUGCAUAUAGUGCUGCCAGGGAUGGUAGAGAGGAAAAGAGGUGCGAUUGUGAAUGUUUCUUCUGGAUCCUGCUGCAAACCCACUCCACAGAUGGCAGCCUAUUCAGCCUCCAAGGUAAGUCAGGUGUCAUGUUUAAUGUUAUAUUGUUACACAAUCAUUCAGAGGAACAAAAAUAUGUUAAAUUUCUUAAAGGAGGCAUUCAAAUCUUAUGGGUAAAUACUACAUGAACAGUGUAUAAUUAGGGUUUUUCAGGGCCAGAAUAUGACUUUAAACAGAGGCCUAUAUCAUAGGGAUUAUGCAGCAAUAACUCCAGUAAAAAUCUUAGCUCCUUGUUGCAGUUUUGGGAAAGGCACAACCCAAAAUGGCAGUUCUGUUACCUUGCCUGUUGAGCUCACUGGCUUGCGCAGAGGCGUGUGAGGCUAUUUAUUUGUAUUGUGGUAGUGCUCAGGAAUUCCAGUUGUGGAUCAAAGCACUAUUUGGUAAAUGCUGUACAAAAAUGGCUUUGCCCUGUUGACUGGUGUCACAAAUAAUGCUAGCCUGGGCCUUUUUGAAGCUCAAGAACUGUGCCUUCUCUUUAUUCAGGGAUGCAAGGGAGAGGGAUCGCUCUGGACCUCAUUCUGUUCCCCUCUGGGCACCCACACAGAGCACGUCCUGGGAUAUUUCAGAUGUUUUAAUAUAUACGCUUGCUAACUAAAAUAUUAGAGCUUUUCACAUUUUUGUCAUAUAAAGCUAUUUUUUCAAGUGUAUGGCAAAGCAUUCCCAGUUAUUUGCUGUGAAUUAUAGUAAACCUCUAAAAGUAGAUUAGCAUAGCUACUUGCUGGUGGUUCUUUUUGCUGUUAAAUUCAUACUGUAUUAAAUGUCAGGUUUAGAACAUUAAAUGGCUAUUUUUUGCAAAACUUACAGAAAAUGAUGUGUUUUGAUGUUUCACUUACCUAUAUGUGGAGUUCCAACUAUUAAUACUAACUAAACUUCUGGUGAUAGCAGUAGAACUAGUAUCAGGCUUCCUGCUUCCUCCACAAACUCCUGGAGUGGUAGGAUUACUGAUUAAGGUCCUAAUCCUGUAAAUAUUUGAUUAAUUUUAAGCAUGUGAGUCACCCCAUUCACUUCAGUUGAAUUACUAACAGGCUAAGUAUUUGCAGGAUCAGGGUCAAGGAUGCUUGGGGGUUAGAGAAGCACUAGUGGGAUAAUGACAUUUUAGGUUCAGUGUCUGCUUAAAGAAUUUUUUUAUUUUUAAAGUGUUGGGGUUUUGUUUUUAAUGUUCAGUUUGUUUCCUCUCCACAAGUAUAGUGAGGUUGGGAAAGGAAGAUGACUUCUUCCUUCAGCCAAUGAGGAAUUCUGGAAAAAAAAAUCCCAUGAAUUAUCACCCAGAAGCGAAGCAGCACUGGAAGUAUUGUAGGCAUAUGAGAAUCCAGGAUCAUACCAGGUUACCACUAAGUCACCAGUCUGAUACCAGACUACUGUUGCAUUCAGAUGUCUGGCCAUAUACCAUGGUAACAGCAUGCAACAUUGCAGGAAUGUUAAUACCAUCAUAAGAGCAUGCCAAACUAAUUUAUUUGAUGUGCCUGAUCUCUGUAGUUUCUACCUUUAGGUUUUUGAUGCUAAAGGUUAAUUUUUUACAUUGGGGAGUAAAUGAGCUGAGGAAGUGUUUGGACCAUACACACAAAUUUAAUUCUGUAAACAUGCAUGUGUGUAAUUUUAUACACCAGUAAUUCUGUUAAUUUCAGUGAGACACAUGUACAGGCAGUCCCCGGGUUACGUACAAGAUAAGGACUGUAGGUUUGUUCUUAAGUUGAAUCU